GCAGGGCCCCGGCACCCCGCCGGGCCGGGCCGGGGGGCGGGCGGGUCGCGGGGCCGGAGAGCGGAGCCCGGCAGCGAUGGAACGGCUCGGCUGCAGGCUGCAUCGGCUUCGGGAUCUCCGAACUACGCUUCUUGUAGCGGACUAGAGCAGCGUUUUCUGUAGUCUUAUCGACUCUUGACUCUGGAGUGCCCGCCGUCCUCCGCCGCGAGCGGAACCGAGCGGUUCGGGGCUGCCGGAGGGCGAAGCACGAUCCGCACACGGGCUGCGACGCGGUGCGGCGGCAGCGGGAGACCCACGCACACGUGUGGUUCCGCGGGUUUCACCUGGCUUUGCUCACCUCUGUAUGUGUACGCGCGUGGUGUCCCGCUGAGGCGCUGGCAGUAAGUACGGCGUACGGAUGUUUGCUGUGCUCUCUGAAGUUACUUGUAAGAUCUGCCCUAAUUAAGAAAACGAUCUCCUGUCUGGCUGCAGAAGAGAUGACCUGGAGAAUCAAAUCCUGCAGUGUGCUAACCUGUGCCAUUCUGGGAAAUAAGGGAUAUCUCCUCCCAUGUGGUGCAGCACCUGUGAGGAUACAGCUGCCCUGAGGUCAGCCUGGUUCUGCUGUGAGGACACAGCAGUGAAAUGGUGGUGUGAAAUACCCACACUCUGGAUGGACUCUGGAGUGAGGUGUGCUCUGCAUGCAUAGACUGGUACUGGCAGCCUGGAGCUCUGCAGCACUGGGAUGCACACUAGCUGUUCAGCUGUUCAGCUCUCACUUGGAUGCAGCCUCUGCCUGGACAUAUCCAGAGCCAGCACUGUGAGCCUGAGACCUCAGCUGAACGGUGUUCUGCUCCUCCUGCGUUAGCUCAACAUCACAAGGCAGUGCUUCCAAAGUCAUUUGUCGUUUGAGCUGUGCUGUGUGACAGAUGCAGGGGCUGUAAUCCAGGAUGAAUGAAUGUUACUAUGAUAAGAGCAUGGACUUCUUUUAUAAUAGGACAAACACUCACACAGCAGAUGAGUGGACAGGGCCACCACUGAUUGGUGUUCUGUGUUUUGGGACAUUUUUUUGCCUCUUCAUUUUCAUUUCGAAUUCACUGGUCAUAGCAGCUGUGGUCAAGAACAAGAGGUUUCAUUUUCCAUUUUACUAUCUGUUGGCCAAUUUAGCUGCUGCAGACUUUUUUGCUGGGAUUGCUUAUGUCUUCUUGAUGUUCCACACUGGUCCUGUGUCUAAGACAUUAACUGUUAACCGCUGGUUUCUGCGUCAGGGUCUUCUGGACACGAGCCUGACGGCUUCCCUGGUGAAUCUCCUCGUCAUAGCAGUUGAGCGGCACAUGUCAAUCAUGCGGAUGAAGAUCCACAGUAAUCUCACGAAGAAGAGAGUCACCUUCUUAAUUAUAUCUAUUUGGGCCAUUGCCAUUUUCAUGGGUGCCGUUCCUACCUUGGGUUGGAACUGCCUCUGUGACAUUUCUGCCUGCUCUUCGCUGGCACCUAUUUACAGUAGAAGUUACUUGGUGUUCUGGAGUGUCCUAAACCUUGUUGUUUUCUUCAUUAUGGUGGUGGUGUACAUAAGAAUCUACAUGUAUGUCCAGCGGAAAACUAAUGUCUUGUCAUCGCACACUAGUGGAUCUAUUAGCCGCAGGAGGACCCCUGUGAAGCUUAUGAAGACCGUCAUGACUCUUUUAGGUGCAUUUGUUGUCUGCUGGACUCCUGGCCUGGUUGUCUUGCUGCUCGAUGGCCUGAACUGCACCAACUGUGGGGUUCAGAAUGUGAAAAGGUGGUUUCUUCUCCUGGCCCUGCUGAACUCUGUUAUGAAUCCAGUAAUUUAUUCCUAUAAAGAUGAUGAGAUGUGGGGUACCAUGAAGAGAAUGCUUUGCUGCUCCUCUGAUGAUAGGAACCAGGAGAGACGCUCAUCACGAAUCCCCUCAACUGUGCUUGGCAGGAGCACGGACACCACAGGGCAGUACAUUGAAGAUGGCAUUAUUCAAGGGACAAUUUGUGGGAAAGGAGAUCUUAGUGAAAACGGCAACUCCUGAGUGAUUCAAGAGACUGACUUGGCUGAGAACCGGAGGGGGAAGGGAGAAGUUUUGUAAGAGCAGAUCGACUGACAAAGCUAGUAAACAAUAUAUCCAUUUUGUUCCAGAGCCUCAACUCCAGUGUUAACAAAAGUUCUUAUAAAUAAUUGCCUGAUGGAAAAACACUUUGUAACGGAAAAAAAAAACCUUCAUGCUGCAGUCUUUCUCUCUCUUUCAUUUGUUUGUUUGUUUGUUUGUUUUUAUUUUCCUUUUUCAGACACCUGAAACUAGUUUUUUUUUUUUUGUGACUGGAGUAAGCACAUAUGAGAAACUUCUUUGUUCAUGGAAACAAAAUGUAAACAACAUAGUGAGACCCUCCAGUGCAUGGUAUUCAUGCUUUGAGAGUUUUCUUGAGAAGGGCUAUAGGCUGGGCUGGACAGAAUUUGUGGCCUGUUUGCUUUCUGUGUUUACAAAGUUCAUGAAAUAGUUCAUACUUACCUUUUCUUUUACUCCUCUUACUUUCAAGAUAGGUAGUUUGGUUUAUUAAAGCUGUGCCAGAAACCCAGCUGUGAUGGGAAGACCAAAUACCUGUGCAUGUGUAUAUCCAAGUCAGCCAUAAAUCAUCAGGAUGUGACAUUACAGAAAGCACAAGAGCAAUUACUGCUCCCACACAGGCAUGAGUGCUGCAAGGAGACGUGCUGCACGCUUUGCUGCUGUCACGUAGCUAGCUGUGGAGGGUGGACUAAGAGCAAAGAAGCAUGGCUGGGUUCAUUAUGCUCUCUUCUUACUUCCAGAUAAUAUCAGAUGGGUGGCUCACCCCUCUUUGUAACUGCUCUGCCACUGUGGGAAAUGAUACCUGAAGCCCUGUUGUAAGAGGGCAAACUUCUAAGGGGUGUCUACAUAACAUAUACGUAGGCUCAAUUAAGCUAUUUAAAAUAGAAAUUAAAGAAGAAAAAUCCCAAAGACAACAUAAUCCCUACAAGAUUACAAAGCGAUCCAGACAGGAUCAGACAAUCAAUUCAUGUUUAACCUCUGAUUUACAAGCAGUUCUUACUAGAUGUUGCUUGAGGGAUGAAGAGGCCAUGAGAAAAUGAGCGAUGAAGGGCUUUCAGCAUUAUUACUGAUUGAUUGUCUAGCGUGGAUGCAGCCACAGCCCAAAACCCCUGAAGUUUUGACUUAGAGACUAUGCUCUAAUAGUAAUCCAGCAACUUAAAGUUCAAGGGUAAUGUUUUUAAGUUGUAAACUUUUAGUUUAAUAAUUGGAACAUGAAUUUCUCGGUGCUGUAAUAUAACAAGAGCUACCUGUGUUGUCUUAGAGAAAACCUGAUUGUUGUCAACGAACGACUUCAUUUUGAGAAGUUUUGUCUGCCUGAAAUUGUUGGAGAACAACAUCGAGAGCAUGUUGUAUGAGUCCAAAAGGUGAUGAGUUGUUUGGUUUGGGCAAAUUCUUUUGACACAGCUUGCAUGCAAGUAUCUGGAUUGUGCUGGCCAAAGCAGAACCACCACCUGGCUUAAAGAUUGAGUUGCAGUUUUGUAGAAGGCACUGGGGUAUUUCUCAGCAGACCUUGGCUUACAAACACAGCAAGCCCUUGUUCAGAGAGCUCCUCUGUAACACAAGUUAGCUAGAAGGGGUAUAGCCUAACAUUUCAAGGUAAGUGCUGUAUUUAUGAAUAAUGCUGCAAAGGUUUACAUUUGUUUGUUUUUGCCAUUAUAAUGCAAUGUUCUUGUGCAAUUACUACUUCAUUAGUUUGGUGUUCUGCAAAAUAUGUAAAAUUGUGCUUUCUAGAACCAGUGACGUUGCAACGGCAUAUCAUGGACGUGUUUGUCUCUAGAGCUACUUGUAGUGCAUGGUUUGUGCUAGCUAGGCUGAAACUCAGUAUACGAAGCUAAAGGAAAA